AUGGACCCAACAAUGCCCCCGGGGCAAAUGAAUUCGUUCCAGCCCGAAUCAAUGCAAGCAUGGCUCUACUCUGGCACUUCCGGUGGUCUCGAGAAUAAUCUGACCUUCGACCCGGUUGCUCGUGCGCCGCCUGCACUACAGGGCAACGAGGUUCUGGUGCGAGUCCUGUCUGCAGCCCUGAACCCAGUGGAUUACAAGCUGCCCGAGAUGGGGCUUCCAGCACGUAUGCUCGUAAAGAAGCCUGCAUCCCCGGGUCUGGACUUUUGCGGCCGUGUGGUCGCAACAGGACCUCUUGCCAAGCAUCUCAAAGAGGAUCAAUUGGUGCAUGGCAUCCCCGGACUCCCGACCCAGUUCGGCUCGCUAGCAGAGUAUCUCACUAUAGGAGCGGACAAGAUCGCAGUGGUGCCUGAAGGCGUCUCGGUAGAUCAUGCUGCUGCUAUUACACUCGCUGGAUUAACUGCAUACCAAAGUUUGGAUGGUCAUGUUAAAGCCGGAGACAAGGUCCUCAUCAAUGGGGCUUCAGGUGGCUGCGGCGUGUUUGCCGUUCAGAUUGCGAAACAGCUUGGAUGCCAUGUCACAACGAUUAGCUCAACUCGAAACAUUGAGCUAUGCUUGCGCAUGGGAGCAGACGAAGUCAUCGACUAUACAGCGCAGAAUGAUCUUAUCAAGAAGCUUCAAGAUCGGAAAGUGAUAUUCGACUGCAUAGUUGAUAAUGUCGGUCUGCCUUCUAAGUUGUACUACCAAUGUCAUCAUUUCCUCAAGGAGGAUGGAGACUUUGUGCAGGUUGGUGCACCGAAUCUGACCAUGUUUCUCGGACGAUUGGGGUGGCCAUCUUUCCUUGGAGGUGGAAAGAGAAAAUACGUGGUCGUGAUGACCAAGGUGGACCUAAAGCAACUGGCUCAGCUUGGGGAAUGGCUGUCCCAGGGCAAAAUCCAAGUCCAAAUCGACAGCGUCUUUGAGUUCCAUGAAACACCCAAAGCAUUCGAGAAGCUCCGAUCGGGACGCACGAGGGGCAAGCUCAUUGUACAUAUCGGUGAUCCCCACGAUCAGAGCAUGGAGUCUUUCGGCAUUGGGCUUUGA